GCCGCCGCCACUACCAUCACGGCGGAAAGUGCCCAGCGCUUCAAGAUCUACAGGAUGGGUAUGUAAAAGGAAGGGCGAAACACCCUCUCUCCCCCACAAGCACCACGUCUUGGCUCAUCCUUUAAGGAAGGCUGACAGAUUAAAAAAACAAAACUUUGGAGCCCGGCCGCCCUCUGCGCGAGCACCCGGGGGAGGGAGGAACAGUCGGUCAGGCCUGGAAGUGAACGCUGCCGGAGUCCUUGGAAGUUCCAGUGUUCUAAAUCAGAACGUUCGCCUAUCUUUCAACGUUCUAAAUCAGAACGUUUGCCCCGGCUCCGGCUCCUUAACUCGAGCCUCAGGCCCCCAUUGGAAUUCGGGGCAGUGAGACUGAGCCCUCCCUUCCUCCCGUGACAGCCGCGGCUAGAGAUCUUUCUCCUUCGUCCUUUAAAGGAGCUGCAAGCUUAGGGUGAGUUAUAGCAAAUCUCUGGAAGUUGUUGUAGGGAGAGAAAGGGAGGGAAAAAAAAGUUGCACAACUUUCCUUCGGGGCCUGACUUGGACGUGCUUCAUCUGUUCUUGAAGAUCCUGCCGAGAUAAAGAUACAGUUUGGGGAGGGAGGGGACGUCUGCCGUGGAUUUGCUGCCUGAGCCGCCGGGGCCUUUGGGGAAGAGGAAAGAAAAAGAAGAAAAAAAGAGAGGGGGGAAACACGUUUCGGAAAAGUUUUGCUUUGGGGAACUGGAUCGAAGAGUUUGUUUUGAGUUGCCGCUGUCGGGCUCUGCUCUGGGAGGAGGGCUGCUCUGUAUCUUUUUGGACACUUGCUCCUAAAUCAUUAUUUUGAGGGAGGGCGGUUGGAAGCCCGCAAGACAGUUUUCAGAGGGUGAAAUCCUGGCCUGCCCGCUUUGAUUCGCUCCUGAUUCAUUUCUCCCCUCCCACCUCCCGGGGCUGCGAGGGCUUCUUGCAAGAAAGUUUUGCGGCGCGAGGUGCGAAAAUGAACCCUGCUUCCGUCCCUCCCCCGCCGGGACAGCAAGUGAUCCAUGUCACCCAGGAUCUGGACACCGACCUCGAGGCCCUCUUCAACUCGGUCAUGAACCCCAAGCCCAGCUCGUGGAGGAAAAAGAUCCUGCCCGAAUCCUUCUUCAAGGAGCCCGACUCGGGAUCUCAUUCCCGGCAGUCCAGCACCGACUCGGGCAGCCACCCGCCCCGGCUCAGCAACGCCGCCGUCGGCGUCCACCACGUCCGCUCACACUCCUCGCCCGCAUCUCUGCAGUUGGGCGCCGGGACCGGAGCGACCCCGAGUGCGGCUCAGCAGCAUGCCCACCUCCGCCAGCAAUCCUACGACGUGACCGACGAGCUGCCGCUACCUCCGGGCUGGGAGAUGGCGCUCACGCACACGGGCCAGAGAUACUUCCUCAACCAUAUAGAGAAAAUUACAACAUGGCAAGAUCCUCGAAAGACCAUGACCCAGACCUUGAAUCACAUGAGCCAUCAUCCUUCAGCCACUUCGACCCCUGUAACACAGCGAUCAAUGGCGAUGUCACAACCCAACCUUGUAAUGAAUCACCAGCAUCAACCACAAAUGACACCCAGUACAACUAUAUCCCAGCAGAGUCACCCUAACCCAAAUCCACAAGCUGGCUUAUUGAACAUGCCAAAUGCACUGACUUCCCAGCAACAGCAGCAACAGAAGCUGAGGCUCCAAAGGAUCCAGAUGGAAAGAGAGAGGAUUCGCAUGCGCCAGGAGGAACUCAUGCGCCAGGAAGCUGAUUUGUACAGACAACUUCCCAUGGAGUCUGAGAACCUGGCCCCGGUUCAGACUGCGGUGAGCACACCUAACAUGACACAAGACAUGAGAUCUAUUACAAAUAAUGGGUCGGAUCCCUUCCUGAACAGUGGGCCAUACCAUUCCAGGGAGCAGAGCACAGACAGUGGCCUAGGCUUAGGAUGUUACAGCAUACCAACUACACCUGAAGACUUCCUCAGCAAUGUAGAUGAGAUGGACACAGGAGAUAAUGUAGUGCAGACUCCCAUGAACAUCAACCCUCAACAGACCCGUUUCCCCGACUUCCUUGACUGUCUUCCAGGAACAAAUGUUGACCUUGGGACAUUGGAGUCUGAAGACCUGAUUCCCAUCCUUAAUGAUGUGGAAUCAGUCCUCAACAAAAACGAGCCCUUUCUCACCUGGCUGUAACUGCUCAUGCAACAUUUCCUUUCCCUCUAGAAAUUAAGGCCAAGCACGUACAAGUCCCUCAGCUAACCAGCCUGAUUCAUUACUGACUUUUGCCAGACCCACUUUAUGUCGAUGAAUCUUGGUCUAGAUUUCACUGACAAUAACUUAAGUAUGAAAUAUAUGCAAAUAUACAUAUAUAAAUAUAUAUAGAUAUAUAUCUAUUUUUAAGAAGUAGAAUUACUUACACACAUCUAUAAGUGUUCAUCUUUAGUUACAUAGAAAUGUUUUGAGGACAUGAGAGCAUUUUUUUUUUUACUUUAUGCACCAUGUCGGAACUUGCGGUCAUUGGUUACACACAACCAUUUUAAUUAACCAAAAAAAAGCAUGCUGACUGCAAGAAACUUUAGAUUGCAGAAGGUAGCUUGGUUCCAACAACCAUAAACCCUUGCAUGUAAUCAAGUUGAGUGCAGUUCUACAGUUGCAUUUAUGAUGACUGUACCAAAUGCUUGUUAUCUAUAUAACCAGAGCUUUAAAAAUCAUUGUGUUUUUAAGUAAACUUAUGCAGUAUGGAGCACACAGCAUCUUUUUUUAGAAUUCCAAUUCUGCCACAGGAUCUCUUUUAAAAAACUUGCUAAGGCAUAAUAAAUACUAUUUGCAUUUUUCCACAGUUACUUUAUGGUUGUAUAGAUAAGACAUAUUUCCAAACUGAAAGUGCUCUGCUUACAGUUUUACACUACUACAAUAUUGUAAAAUAGACCAGGCUGGUACUAAUCAAUGCCAUUUUAAUGUGAUUACAAACAGGUCACUUUUUUAAACAACAACAACAGUACAGUUUAUUUGUUUUAAAUACACUAUAGUUUUACAAUGAAAUAUAAAAGCAAUAAACUUUUAGUUGUGACAAAUACUCAGCAAAACACAUUUUCUAAAUUCAGGGCAACAAUGUGGCACAGUUUGACAUUACUGAAUGCAGAAGAAAUUAAUUUUGUAAAGCCUUGUUACCUUUUUAAACAAUAAUUAUGUAUUUUGUUGAUGAAACUUUAAAAGCUAGAAACAGAAGCUUCACUUUAUCAGGUAGGUGAUAAGCCAACAUCUCUUUGUCAGCAUGGCGAAGAUGCUAAGAUUCUUAGCGAAUUGCUUGUAAUUUCUGACAUAUGGGACACAAGGCACUAUAUUUGUUGUAUUCCUAUCCAUACCUAUCAUAUCCAUAUAAGGCGUUUUAACAAUAGCUGAUAUUUGGGACUGAGAAUGCAUCAAAGACUUCAAAUCCCCACUUCCCCUGAAAUGCAAAUGACGUCCUGAGUUCCUUAAGUAUUUUUAACUGAUAUUAUUUAUAAUCUAUGAAUUUUAAGCUUUUUUAUAUUGAAAAAAAAUCUUUUAUGGAAGGCAUUAUAAUUAAUACAGGCCUCUUAAUACAUGAUAUGUAAGGCAAGCAAAAGGCAUAGGACUUUGCUAUGCUUAAGGUUCAGUACUGGUCAGUGGAUUGGGUUAUUCCCCCCUUCUUUUCAGACUAGUUGAGCAAAAGGCAGGUGAAAUGGGUGGGAGAUUGAAGUCAUUAGAAUGUGGACUUGGAAGGACUUGGUCGGGGGCAGGGAAUACAGAUAGUGAUACUAGAGGUAUUAGAAGGACAGAUCAGGGGAAUUGCCUACAUAGAGAAACACCACUGAUCAACAAUACUACCUUAUGGGAGAAUUGUUGCAUGAAGGUAGCUGUUCUGACCGCACCAGGUUAGUUUAAAAAAAACAAAAAAAAACUUUUAAACAUAGCUGAUGAAAGAUCAAGAGAAAUGAAGUUCAAUUUUUGACUCAGAAAAAAAUACAUUUUUAUAUA